AAACAAACAAACAAACAAAAAAAAAGUUUUGUCGCAACUGAAGACAUCACUGAAGAGAAGAGUAUGUCGACGACGACGACUACGACAACAGCAAAGGACUCGUUUGAUCGUUUCGGCGAUGAUUUGACUGAACUAUUGCUGAGAUAUCUGUCAAACAAUGACAGACUAAGACUUGAUUGUGUGUCCAAACAGUGGCAGUCAUUGAUAUUCAUUAGACAAACACAUCUCAGAUUUGAUGACAAACUAUUGAAAAGUUGGAGUAAAGAUCUGGAUAUCAACUUCAAGACUGUCAAUCAAAUUGUUAAGUUGUUUGAGUCAAUUGUCCGAAAGUGUCCAAACUUGACAUCAGUUAUCAUCAGUGAUGUCUAUUUGAUGAACAGUUAUCUGGAUCUACUUGUCCAACACUGUCGUCAAUUGAGACAUUUGUGUCUACUAUCGGAAACCAGUGGUAGUGGUGGUCAUCAGCGGACACUCAACGACAAUACAAUUGACCGAUUGUUUCUGACAUUUGCCGACCAAUUGCUGACAUUCAAGUUUGACGGCCACGACUACGAUCUCAAUAGACAAUUGUUUUACAAAGCCAUCGACUUAUUGCCAAACUUACAGACACUGGACAUCACUGCAAACCGAAAGACAAUCCUGUAUUUGAAUCUCAUAUUUACUGAUGACUUCUGCUAUGUUUUACCAAAAACUUUGAACUCAUUUGCCGUACGUCUGAACAACCAUUUGAUGCCGUGGUUUGUCUUAUUUGCCGAAACCUAUGGCCAACAAAUGCUUGAACUGAACAUAACUAUUGAUAAGAUUAGUUCACCGCCGGAUGAGUUGGUCACCGGUUUGGCACAAAUGUCUCAAUUAAGACAAUUGACAAUCGACUUGAUAUACAACGCCAGUUGCGAACUAUUUCUGCCGAUAUUGUCGGCUAUCGGUCAUCACAACUGUCCUCAACUCCAAGGCCUACACUUGAAGGGACUGAACUGUCAGAAGACAUUUGUGCCCCAAUUGUUUGCCGAACUAAACAAACACGUGUCGCACGUGCGACAAUUGUCAAUCAUGUGUAGUCUAGUAUCAUAUGACAGUACUAUCGAUAAUCAAGUGAUCAGUGCUGCCCUAAAUUCAAUGAACCGAUUGACCGAUCUGUCAAUUAAUGUAUUAUUUCGGUGUCCGUUAAUCGGUGACCAGUUUUUCCGCGACAUUCAUCAACAUCUGCCUCAACUCAAGCGACUUCGUGUGGACAGAGCUGCUAUCACUGCCACCACCAAAGCUGGUACUAUACAAUCGUUAGCACAGUUAGCAAACUUAACUGAUCUCUAUCUACACUGUGAACCCAUAUUUAUUAUGCCCUCUCCUGACUAUAUCGACAAUCAUCUGAUUGGUGUUAAUACCAGUGUUAGACACGUGUGUAUUAAGUACAGUGAUAGUGAUCAUCGACCGCAAACCUAUCUAUACGGUCGCUAUAGAUCUAUGAUCUCAGAUAAUUAG